GGGGUAUUGAGUUUAUGAUUCCAUUAGAGUCGGAACCGGAAACCCGGGUUGACUGGGGUCGGAGAGGUGUCAGGGAUGGAGGUAGCUCGAAGGAACUCUACUGGCUGGGUUAAAUCGAGCAUCCCGUUCCGGACUUGGAACCUUGAAAGCCCAUCCGCCGUUGCUCGCCUGCAGCUACGAUUAUUCUAGGUUGGAGGCUGACUAGAUAUAGACCUCGUUGAGUGAGGUGAGUGAGACGCGCCCGGAGACGCUCAGAUCAUCGUCGACUUCAGACGGUGCGGCACCGUGGAGCAACCUGACGCGGACCCCGGUGCUGAAGCUCUGCUGCGACUGCUGCAAGCUUGCUAGACCGGGGAGGAGGAAUGAACGCCUUUAAGUUGGGUUGACGAGUGUAUAAGAAGCUUGCCGGGCCUGCCAUGCAUCUCCCGCGCGGACGAACCGGACAUGUCACGAUCUCCACGAUUUACGGCCCAACAGAUUGCUGCAGUUGACUAAUCCGCGUCCCAACCGUACAACGUAUUGCCGCAUUGUCUACCGGACAUCGCACCAUAGACGAGAUUUAGCCGACGGAUGGAGCGGAAGAGAACAAGACACUCUCGGCGCCAGUAUUUAAGGAAGUGUCCUUCCCGUGAUCCUCUCUUCUCACGUCGCUCAGCGGCCUCUUUACGCAUCACAGUCGCAACAACGGCUCUCCAACAGAUGGGUGUGCAUCAUUGUGUGUCUGUGUAGCGAUUUUUGCCCAGCCGUUUCCUACCCCCCGCGCUGCAGAAUUACUCGGGUGUGUGUGCGUGUGAGUGCUGUGUAUCGGCGCAGUGUGUUUGUUGGUGUGGAUGAGUAUCCGUGGUGCCCCCCUCCCCAAAUCCCCGCAUUCUGUUUACCCCUCGCGCCCCGCCUCGCGACAUUCUUCCCCCGACUUGGCCGAGUUCCGUCGUUUUCUCCGCCGGCCGUCGACUCUCGAGUCCAAGUCACCCCCCCGCUGAUCGAUCGGCUCUAAGCAGACGCUCCAGCUUCGCCAGGCCGACGGCCGAGUCCGCGGGACACACUUGGGUCAGCCCUCCGCCGAGCACAUUUUGCGAGCAAAAACUUCACCACCUCCGCCAUCGACGACGAACCCUUCAAACGCGUCCAACGAGCAUCAUGUGGUCCAACAAGCGUUCUUCUCCCCCCGCGCCCGGUAGCCCAACCGAGGUGGAGGCUCCUGCGCCCGUAUCCUCCAGACAGAAGAACCCCGGUCGUCGCAUUGCCCAGAUUGUGAAGCUCAAGCCCGAGUUCAUCGACAAGUACAAGGAGGUCCACGCCAACGUCUGGCCCGAGGUGCUCAAGCAGAUCAAGGAGUGCAACAUUGUCGACUACAGCAUUUGGCACGAGCCCGAUUCACGUAUUCUGUUUGCGACCAUGAAGUAUGUCGGCUACGACUUUGCCGGAGACAUGGAGAAGAUGAAGGAGAACCCCAAGGUCCGCGAAUGGUGGGCCAUGACCGACGGCUGGCAAGAGUCUCUGGUUCCCGGCGCGGUAAGCAGUGAAGCAGGCGAGCCGGCGUGGUGGAAGCCCGUCGAGGAGGUGUUCUACACGCCUUGAGAGAGAGAAGUUUGGUGGGAUGAGGGGAUCGAGUGUAUUGCAUUAUUAGUCAACGACCAGCCGAAUGAUGAGCGUUUCGUUUUGAUCGCGUUCGGUGCCCUUGUCUGCCUCGUGCUGCCAAAUGCACCAGACACAUAGUUUCGCUGCAAGCACGCACCCGAUUGGUGACCCGGCCGAGCGUCCGUCUUGAUCAUUUGAAACCACCAAACAAACCUCCAAAGACGCCGCCGGAUCCUCCGCCACCUCCGCGCUGGCCGUGCCGCCGAGCCUCAGACCUGAUCCACUCUUCGAGGAAAGCGCGGUCUGUCAGCUUCUUGGCGUCGUGAACCUUGGUCUGUAUUUGGGCCUCUUGGUUGUCGAAGCUUAGCAGAGUUGGGAUGGAGGUGAUCAUGUAGGUCAUGCCCAGUCCUCCGCUCAUGACGUCGGGAGAGUCAAAUUCGACGGUGCAGUAGCCAACGCCGCCCUCGGCUUCACCGACACCAGACUCUACGAUGGAUUGUAUUAGAGGGGCAACGACUCGACAUGUUCCGCACCAAGACGUGGUCCACAGUGUUAUCAGUGGUGUGUGAGAAGAGGAAGAGAGAAGUUGAUAGGUGUGGAAGUCGUCAGGACGGCGAACACUGGCACCCGAAGCAGAGGUUAGCGGGCGGGUGCUUUCGAGAGAGGCAGGCCAGUGCAAGGAUUGGGUUGGGGGUUUGGAGAAUCUGCGGCGGCCCACUUACGAUGCGUAGAUCUGGUUUUUGGCCGGGCUGGUACGAGACGUGGAGAAGUGGGCAGCGGCGGCAGAGAUGAAUUGUUUGGGGGGUGGCAUACGGACGUCAUUGGUGAGGUUGGUGUUGCAGCCCCGGAAAGCGGUGCGGGCGGUAUGUCUUAGUAGUUGCAUGGUGAUUCUGCUGCAGGAUACAGAGUAUGGUGAAUGUCGGUUGUUUGGUUACUUUGAUCUGUUCAGAUGCCAAGGAUGUAUGCAGCGUGCUGCCGACUGACGUCGUUGAAGAUGAUCCCGUGAUGUGUCGUGAUGCGAGUCGUACCGCUGAGAUGCGAUAGAAUUCUUGGACAAGAACGAGUGGAGGGCUGCAGGCGGUAAGGUAGCUGUUGGAGUACCUGUGGUAUGGGGCAAGCUAAGGUAGGAAAGAUAUCUUUGGAUCAAGUGGUUCGAUAUAGUACAGGGUGGUGGAUGGAUGGUUAUGUAGCGUCAACGGUUUUCCGAGCAGCUGGACAGCUUAGUCGAGACUCAAGGUUGGGGAGGGAGGGAAUGAUGUAGGUACCUUAGUAUUACUUAAGGUAAGGUAGGUAGCUGUCGUUGUCAAUGACGGGGAAAGCCGACGUUCAACUGGAGGUUCGGUAGCAAUCGAAAUAGACAGCAGGCGCACCUUCCUUCCUGACAGGCGCGCCGUCAC